GCUUUUCACUCUCGUCUGGCGCAAAGUCAAGCCAGUCAAGCCUCCAUUACUCACCAUUGCAAAGCAACAACCUCAUACACCUACCUCAUCUAUGCCAUUCACUACACACUACACACUACCAUAGCGCUCUACCGCAAACGCACAGUAUUCUUAGAACUCCUCAGUAGCUAAUGGAUCGCAUUAUUCAUACCUUACUUGAGCAUCGAAUCGAAUCAUCUACCAUUGUCUCGCACUAACUCCCUCCCUCUACAGCUUCGCAACUGACUUGUAUAAAGAGGCUUCGACCCAUCGUCGUUGCCAGAAUUCUUCUUUUCUUGAUGCCAGACCACAACAGCAACUCAUCUACUCUCAGUAACCAACAGUCUACUACAAACACAGCAACUACAACCACAACAGCUUCCUCCUUCCUCAACACCAAAACUCUAGCAACUCUCGUCGCACUCCUAGCUUUCACCCUGGCUCUACUCGCUCCCUUCCGAUCCAGCCUCUCCAAAGCUCUCGCCAGCUCCAACACAGUCCGCAACAUGUCUUCCACCACAUCCCCAGCCCUCAAGAUCACAAAGCGCCCCUGGGCUGCUCGAGGCCACGCCGACCACGACUGGCUCUACACCUUCCACACCUUCUCCUUCGCCUCCUACUACGACCCUCGCCAUGAGUCCUUCGGGCCCCUCCGCGUCAUCAACGAGGACCGCGUCAAGGCCGGCACCGGCUUCGGCACCCACUCGCACUCGGAAUUCCUCAUCUUCUCCUACAUCGUCAACGGCGUGCUCGAGCACAAGGACUCGAUGGGCAACCUCGAGAACCUGAAGCGCGGGGAGGUGCAGUUCACAUCGGCCGGCACGGGCAUCCGACACAGCGAGUACAACCGCAACCGGGACUCGGAGGUGCACUUCCUGCAGAUCUGGGCCAAGCCCAACAAGCGGGGCCUCAAGCCGCACUACGAGACCAAGAAGUUCACCGACGAGCAGAAGCAGGACAAGCUCGUCCGCAUCAUGGAGUACACCGACCGCCUGGCCGACAGCAAGGACUCCAUCGGCCUCCAGGCAGACCUCAGCAUGGACGCUAGCAUCCUGUCGCCAGGAAAGACCGUCACGCACGACCUCGUCGCCGACGGCGAGAGGAAGGUCUACGUCCACGUCGUCAUGAACGGCCGCACGCAACCCAAGGACGGCGGCGCGAAGAUCAAGGUCGGCGACACCGUCCUCGGAGAGGGUGAUGGCGCAUACAUCGCCGGCGCGCAACGCCCUGGAAAGAUUGAGAUCGAGAGCGUCGGCGACAAGCCCGCCGAGUUCCUGCUCUUCGAUCUCGGCAACGACGAUGCUUGAAUGCCUCCGCAAGGCGUGAAAUUGUAAAUUCUGGAAAAGUUCUUUAAGCCUGCACUGCACUCAUGAUAUCAAAUUAUCCUUUUUUGUACAUAACAUAUAACGAGAAUAAGAAUUUCCUUAUGAUACCUCUUAA